AUGGUCACAAAUCCUCUUUCGGCUCGUGCGUGUAUCGACGUGUCGACAUGUCCUGACCUCAUGCCAUGUAGUUGCAAGGCCAACGAAUUCUGUGUCCAAAUCGCGAGGGACUGCAACACUUGUCCGAAGAACCAGUGUGUUCUUCAGACUCCAGUCAAGCAAUCAGGUGGCGGCGUCAGCAAAGGUGCAUUGGCGGGCGGUGUCAUCGGCGCCAUCGUCUUUCUUGGCCUUGUGAUCGCUUUCUUCCUUCAUCGUCGAAAGGCCGCGUUAGUUCGCAAACAUCGUUCGGUUCCCCGAGAAGUCAAGAAAGAAGUUCCCGCCUCUGCUGAGACGGUGCUCAAUCGUCCGGACCCUGCGGAGAAGGUUCAGGCAGAGCUCAGAACGAGUACUUCCAACACCAUCGAUCUCGAUCCUCAUGCAGAAGCCUCUACUUCACACCCCCCGCACGGCUUCAGGCCUCCGAUCAAUCCGUUUGACGACAACAAUUCUAUCCAGACGGCUGGCACUGGAGGCACUAACGUUAUACCCAUUGCUCUUGUUCCCGCUGACGCCAAUCGUCUGUCCUCAGCGCACACGGAUUCUCAAACUUCUUCCUCAUCUUACCCUUCUCGCCCCCCUCGUUCCCCCGAGCUCAAUCUCAAUCUGGAGCAUGUCAAUGUUUCCCAUGAGAACGUUCGGAAUGGAUAUUCUCAAUCUACUCGCUCUGGUAUAUCUGGUAUAUCCUCCAGAAAUUCGUACAUGUCCAACGCCAGCUAUUCCAGUGACUUCUUAAAUGAAGCUCCAAUGAUUAUGACCUCUUCGAAAGGCAAUGUUCGUCAAGUUUUAGGUGUUAUGAAGGCCGAAGUUAUCAGUGCUGGCUCAUUGUCGGCAAACAACUCAUCUGACAACUUGAAACCUCCCGCCUACUCGAGACCAUCUGUUAAGUCCCCUUUAGCCUCGACCUCCUUUGGCCCGAGUGAUAUGUUAAAAGAAGCAGACGAAAGUCAAGAGGUCAACAAUCCUUUCAACGAUAACAUGUCAACUAACGCCGAUUACGCUGCUUCACCGGCUGCUUCCACGACGACAUAUGGGCGUCUGUCCACUCAAACCAAUCAGGUUGGCGACGCUAAUUGGGUGCCUGAUGGGCCAAUACUACCAUGGUCACGAAGCGCCGACCAGAGUAGGCCUUCGAGCAUGAGUACCCAAGCCGGCUCUGUUAUAGAUAUUGCCAGCGCCACACGUGUCAAUGUCGGUCUCAAAACUCCUGCCAGUGCCAAUUCUUAUAGGACAACUAUGGGACGGCUUGUUACACCUCCCACCGGUAAUGGAGGCCAAACCUUGCAAGAACAGCAACAGCUUGCACUGGCUCAUGCUCAGGCGCAAGCUCAAGCGCAGGGUCUUGAUAGAAGGAGGAUUUCAGGUUCCUCUAUGCUGUCGGCGACUUCGACCCGUGCUGACUCCAUUCUGGAGUCAUUCCCAUUCGUGCCCCCGUCGCCGAUUUCAGAUCGACCUAUUAGAUCACCCCCCGUAUCUCCGUUGGGUCAACAGUCAUUUACUAAUUCGAGCUCUCCUUUGCAUCAACAUACUUUUACUAUUGCACCUCCAUCUCCUGCUACUAGCCAGACAUUCGCCCAAGAGGGUUCUAAGGCCGCCACUAAUAAUCAGGACGAAACUCUCCCAGCGCCUCCAAAUCGGCGCACUCUGGGUCUGUCAACCGGUUCCCAGCUUUCUACAAUGUCGUCAGGAUUGGGAUCAUUCCCAUUCCAAAUCGAAUCCGAUCCCCUAUCGGAGAGUAAACCUCCUCCAUCACCGUUCAAUGUUCCGCGGCAGAGAGCCAGCCUUGAUACCCUUGCCCUUACCAGUGAUCUUUCAUCGUAUCCCCUUGGCUUCGAUCGCGACAGUGUUCAACCUCCGAAAAAGUAG